GGCAAUAGCUGUGGUGUCCAACUUACAUUACAAUUUCACAAAGCCUUUUGGAGAAACAUUCCCCUUAGAGUAGUUCCUAGCGCUUGAACUUACUUUGAGAGUUUCUUUUCUUCGGAUCUGGAUAUAGGCCACUCUAUUAUUCUCUUGGUGAACAUGUCCAGUUUGCAAGCAAUCCGGUACUCGGGCGGAACAACACCGAAGCUUGAGGUCCUUGACCAGCUUCGACUUCCCCACGAAAACCACUAUGACGAGAUUUCGACAUGCGAGGAGGCGUUUGACUGCAUAAAGUCGAUGAGAGUUCGAGGAGCCCCGGCCAUAGCUAUCGUGGCCGCCUUGGCUCUUGCUGUUGAGCUGCAGCUCGCGAAUUCUUCGACCAACCAAACCCCCAAUGAGUACAUCGCCUUCAUCGACUCAAAACUCGACUAUCUAAAAGGUAGCCGUCCUACAGCUGUGGACUUGAGCAACGCAAUUACGCUGCUUAAAAGCUCAAUCCGCCAAGUAGACUUGGCUGCUACCAAGGCCAAUGAGAACAUUCUUGCCGCCUAUGUUCAGGCCGCUGAGAAUAUCCUGGCAAAAGAUCUCCAAACCAACAUAUCUAUCGGAUCAUUUGGUGCGGCAUGGCUCGAGUCUCAGCUGGAUGUAACCUCCGACCACAAAGUCUCUGUGUUGACACACUGCAACACCGGCUCCUUGGCGACAUCUGGCCAUGGCACCGCCCUGGGUAUCAUUCGCUCCCUCCAGGAGAGGAAGACGCUUCACCAUGCGUUUUGCACUGAGACCAGGCCUUACAAUCAGGGCAGCAGGUUGACUGCGUUUGAGCUCGUGUAUGAGGGCAUCCCAAGCACACUGAUCACCGACUCCAUGGCUGCAGCACUUUUUGCGCUCAAAAAAGAACAGUUCAACAUCGGGGCUGUCAUCGUCGGUGCAGACCGUGUAGUGCGGAACGGUGACACUGCCAACAAGGUGGGCACUUACGGGCUUGCCGUCCUGGCUCGUCACCAUGGCAUUAAGUUUGUUGUGGCAGCGCCCACGACGAGCAUAGACCUCGAAACGACCACGGGUACGGGUAUCAAGAUUGAGGAAAGGAAGAAGGAAGAGUUGACGCAGAUCUCUGGUGCUCUUGUUGGCCAAGACGGGAAAGUUGAUCCUUCCAAUACUGCCAGGGUCGCGACGGCAGACCAGCGAAUAGAUGUGUGGAAUCCUGCGUUUGACGUCACUCCCCAUGACUUGAUCGAUGCGAUUGUGACAGAGCAAGGAGUGGUCGUGAAACAGGAUGGCAAGUUUGACUUUAGUCAAGUUAUGCCCGGAACUUGGGCAAAGGUGGUGAGAGAAUGAGGGUCGAAUUAAGCGUAGGGAUUGAUGGAGUAUAUAUGUUCAUGGUUUAUGGGUACAUGGGUUCAUGGGAUAAAUUGUACACAAGAACUGGGAAAAUGAGGAAGCAGAAGUCAAGAACUUCCUGAUUUCAACUGUCUUUUGGACAUCAAGUACUCAAAUCGUGUAAAAUGAUCUUUUGAUAUGCUUCGACAGCAGUUUCGAGGUCGCCCACAGUAAGUUGUUCGUCGUCGGAGUGUGCGACCAAGAUGCUACCUGGUCCA